CAUGGCAAUAACCUUUUCUCCAAAGUAACUUCAUGUCUUUUCUGGGUUUAUUAUUAUGUUCCACCUCUUCUUAUUCCUGUUUCUUUAUUCUUGAUUUGGACUCCACAGGGAGGACCUCUACUGAUGUGAAAUGGAAUGAGGCUGAACUUUGAAUAUCGAGGUUAUGACAAUAUGAUUGUUUGUCCUUCCAUUGGUGCAUGUACAAAGAGUAUUGCCUGUCUGAGUGGCAAUAUUCAAACAGAGAUGGGCAGCAAGCUGUGUAGUGUGGUGUCCCGAAGGCCGUACAGUUCGUGUUGUUUCUGUUUGUAUCCUGGGAAUUCAAAAACAAAGUAUGCUCAUUUGUCUGUCUCCAAGAAUCAUCUCUCCAAUAGUAGUCCAACAUUCCAGAAGAGCUUUGUCAGCUCUUGUUUCUCUACAGAAAAGGGUAGAUUAUGGUCUUUAGCACUUAAGGAUUUAGUUAGCGCCGCUGAGCCUCAGAGAAGACGCCUUAAAAUUUCAUUGGCAAACACUGCUAUGAGCAUAAGGCUUCUAGUUCCCAAACAAAGAAUGCUUGUCAAAAUCAAUAGUGGCACUGCUGGUUUACUUGGCGGAUUGUUGAUUUGUUAUUCAAGUUCCAAACCUGCACACGCAGAAGUAGCUCGGAGUGAUGAUGAUAGUGAAGAUGACUGUGAUUCAUCAUAUGUUAAAUUUUCCCAUGGAAAGAAAGUUUACACCGACUAUUCCAUUACGGGAAUACCUGGAGAUGGAAGAUGCUUGUUCCGCUCUGUCGCUCAUGGAGCUUGUUUACGAUCUGGGAAACCAGCUCCAAGUGAGAGUCUCCAGAGAGAAUUAGCUGAUAAUUUGAGGGCUAGAGUUGCAGAUGAGUUCAUCAAAAGGAGAGAAGAGACAGAAUGGUUUGUGGAAGGUGAUUUCGAUACAUAUGUUGCGCAGAUGAGGAAGCCACAUGUUUGGGGAGGUGAACCUGAACUAUUCAUGGCUUCACAUGUUCUUCUGAUGCCAAUCACAGUCUACAUGCAUGAUAGGGAUGCUGGUGGCUUAAUAUGCAUUGCUGAGUAUGGCCAAGAAUAUGGCAUGGAGAAUCCAAUUAGAGUUCUCUAUCACGGAUUUGGCCAUUAUGAUGCUUUGCAGAUUCCUGGAAAUAAGGCUGCUAAGGCUAGACUCUAGAGACUAGAAUUUGUGUCUUAAAAUGGCAAGGAUGAAAAACCGCUAGAGUAAAACAUUUCUUACACACUAGUAUUAUUAUGCAUUUGUACCCUUCUCAAUAAUGAUAUAAAGAUGAUAAAAAUCUCUCUUUUUCA